GACUCAAAAUUUCGUACUAUUAAUGAAUAUAAAGAAGAGCUAAAUACAAAACAGACGGGUCUGGACGCCUAUUCUAACUCAGACGAACAUAUCAACUUAAAGUCUAAUAACUCUCGACCGACUUCUGAUCUAAUCCAAGCGUUUGAUAAGCAUUACCUCGAAAUGUACCCUAACCGAUAUCUUGAGAAAGCCGUUUCUCCAAAAAGCGAGGCGGACUCACUUUCUGAAUGCCUAAUUCAGAGAUUGAAAAUUCAAGAUACUGAUUUGUCGACAUCUCGAAGGAGUUAUGUUAGGAGGCCUACACGUUUUACUGUCAAAUUGCAGACUGCUAGCAAAGAUGAAAUUUCCCGUCUGAGUGCUGGAGAUAUCGACUAUCUACUUAAACGGUUUCCCCCAAACCUUGUGCAGCUUAUUGGGGAUUCAGAUGGGGGAACUACUUUCUCCCUCCUUUUCAAGCCUACUGAUCCUGAUUGGCCCUUUCUUGUUCAAGGAUUAACUUUGUCACUAAAUUUUCAUAAAGAGUAUCCGCUUCAUCCUUUGCUGAUAGAAGUUCUUCCCAAUAGGGCAAUUCCAGAGAUACUCCUCUCUCAUCUGGGUGCAUCGAUUACCAGUUGGAUCUCUGUCAAACACGAGGGAAUGUUGGCUGAUGGCAUUCUCGAAAAUUACCUUAGCCAAUUUUUCAGCUGGUUUGAUAGGAACCUUGCAGAACUCUUCAUGAGUGGCUUCAAAAAGUAUCAAGACUCUUUGCUGAAGAGUCCCUCCCGAGAAGCAGCCAUCCCUCUCUUAAGAAAUGCAGAUGAUGAAGGUUGCGAAAAUGAAGAUGAUGGGGAAGAUGAGUAUGAGCUAAAAAGUGGCCCUGAUUCGGAUUCUAAUUCGGAUUCAUCUUCAGAUCCCUCUAACAUUGAAAGUGAAUCUGUCGUGAUCGUCAGCUCAAAUACGGCAUCUAGUGAAAAAGAAAAAUCCCGUGUGCAACAAAACCUGGAUGUUUUUACAGAACAUGAUUCAACUCAUGGGCAAUCUCUUAGACUUGCCAAAUUUAAUCUAAAAGGACGAGCUGGAACUUUCCUUUUUACUGACUUAGUCGUUCUAGUUGUCUGCGAACGCUGUCGUCUCGAGUUUGAAUGGCGCUUUGAUCUCCCCAUCACUAAGCCUACUCCUUCAGGUAUUUCUAGCGUGAAUAAACCUUCCGUACCUGAUCAACAAUUUCAAUCAAGGCCUCGUUGGAUUUCUUGUGCUCGUUGUCAUCAUGAAUUUGGUCUUAUCUUUAAUGCUCAAAUCGCGCACUCAUUCUCCGACAUUGCUGGCUAUAUACAUCUGAGGGGCUGUGGUAUUAAGGACGUGCUUUCUAGACGAGCCUCGGCCUUGCUUCAAUGUACAGGUUGCUGUAGCUCUGUUAAACUCAAGUUCGUCGACUAUUAUCGACUACUUUAUUAG